AUGGAAGUACAACAGGCAAAUCCAAGCAGCCACCAAGAGGACAAAGCAGUGGACAAUAUAAACUGCAACUGGCACAGACGCCUACGACUCAGGAAAUCCUCAGCUGCAUCACUCAAUGUGAAAAAGAAAAUUAAAGGGGAAAAGAAGGUUAACACAGAACCUUCCGAAAGUCCAUCCCAAAAUGAACAUAAGGUUGAUCAAGUAGUGGACAGUUCUGAUUGCAAGGACAGCACAAUGUUUAGUCCAAAUGAUUCGCUGAAACACUUUGAGAGCUUUCAUGGAGGGAAAAGAAAGCCAACAUCUUUUCCCUGUGAUAUGUGUAGCUUUGCUGCUUCUGAGUCUACUACCCUUCAAGAGCAUCAAAUAACCCACAGACUCAACAAGCUCACGUGUGAAUCUUGCAAUGAUAUCUUACACACUUCAUCUAAACUCACAAAGCACUAUAACUCUCGGCACUGCUUGGACAGUCGGCAUCCAUGUAAAAAGUUUAAGUUUAAUACAAAUGAGCCAUCAGACUGUCCAAACUACACAAUACCAGCCAUGGAAAAUUCAAGCAAUAAGCCUGUAAAUGGUCAUCUUCUAGCUGAUGCUGCAGAGACACCUAUGAAGGAAGAGCUCUUAAAGCACAUGGGUUCACUCUGCAAUCGAAAGUGGGGCCGAAAGAACUGGUGGAAAAGAAAAGAGGUUCCUCCAACACAGCCUGAUAAUGACAUUCCGGAUAUCAAAUUUUUGAUACCAAAAACAGAAGUCCCGUGGCCAGCUUCAGGAUUUCUGCCUUUUUCGGCUCCUGGUUUGCUUGAUGAAAAUGGAGAGCUUUUAAAUCCAGUCAGGAUCUUAGAAGAAACCGAGCAGUUUCUGGAAAGGACAGUAAACAGUGGAAAGAAAUGGCCGGUGAUUCUAAAAGGACAACCAUCUCUGUCUUGUGCUGAAACGUUCCCCUCUGAGCCACAUAUAAAUCAACGUUUUGUACAAUUCCCCACACUUAGAUCUUCUGAGAAAGAUAAACUUUGUGGUCUCAUGGAAAAGAACAACAUUUCUAUUCCACCAAAUUGCACUACAAAGGUAGUUGGUUUCAAGAUGGUGGAUGGAAAAAAGCAUCUUAUAGUGAAAGUCAUACCCUUGACCAAAACAAAUAAUCCCCAUGAUGCAGGCAAAAAAUCUUUACCAUUAACAGAAGAAGAUUUAAACGAUACACAGUUACACUCUUACUUUGACAGGCUAAGCAAUCAAAUAUGCAAUGGACUGAGCAACACUUGCACUGAAAGCUCUUCAGUAAAUCAGGAUUGUAAUUCUACCUCAUCCUCAGUCCAGCCAGAUGAUCAAGGACUGGGUGAUAAACAUCAUGAAGAUUCAGCAGAAAUUGUGUCUCAGGGUAAAAAUAAUAAUAGUUACUGUAAUGAUGACCAACAUGCAUGCUGUGACAACCUUAAUGCACCUGCUCAGCUUGCUAUCUCAGGAACAAAGAACUUUAAUGUAACAAAUCACAGACAUUCUGACGCCCAACCAACCUCUCCCGGUCUGGUGUCUAGCUUUAAUAACGGUAAUUACAUUAAUGAAGGUAAUGCAGACGUAUCAAGAGAAGUAAGCCCUGUCGGAGAGGCAGCUAUCCUAACUCACUAUACAGAGAACAGGGAAAACACAAAGAAACUCAUGGUCCAUCAGGAAAAAGCAAUAAGACAUGAAGAAAAUCACCCUGAACUUUCCACAGACUUAUCUUCUACUAUUUCAUUCAAUUUAGACAGCCUGGAAGAAGGAGUAACCUCUAACCCCUCAGCUGUACCGUCUGACGACAACAAAAGCCCUCAUAUAGACACAAACAAGUCAGUGAAGGGACCCACAAUACUCCAGAAAUCUCUGGUUCACCCGUCUAAACAGACACUAAAACAUAUUUCCAGCUGUCCUGCAUUUCCGGACAGUGGAGCCACCUUUGAAAGAAAUAUUGAUCCAACCCCAGUGUUUUUUCAGAAAAGUACAACAGAUUUUGUUUGUAAUUCUCUGAGUGAAGAUACCAGCCUGUUGUUUCAAGACAGUGGAGAAAAGUACACAAACAGUAUAGACCCCAGACAUUCUCAUCUCCCUCCAGGUCUGGACUGUACAUGUGAAACUGUUGAAGAACCUUAUGUAGCACUGUCAUCAGAAGAAGACUCCUUUUAUAAUGCAGACCUGUAUCAGACACUAGAAGAGCUGCCUGUUACCACUGCCAACCAUUUGAUUAUUAAUUCAGAAAAUACAUUCACUGGUAAUGCAAAGAAGUCAGCUAAAUCAAGUAGAUUUUCUUCCCAGCAAUUGUGUAUGUACUCCCUCAAAGCCAUACCGGAUUCUUCACAAUCAAACCUGCAACCAUCACCACUGACCGAGUCACCUGUAAGCAGGAAAAGACAACAAGAUCCAACCACACAAAGCUCCCAGGAGCCUGUUUCAAAAUCCAGGACACAAACUGCCCCAAAAACCAAAGAACAUGAGCUACAGGCGUCUGUCCCUUACUGGGAACCAGCUCUUCCAGCAACGGAGCGGACUCUAAGACUCAUGCCUGUUUAUUCCUCACAACCUGUUAAAAUACCACGCCUAAACCAGCCUGUUGUAGUUCUCAAUCACCCCGACGCGGAUAUUCCCGAGGUGACAAACAUCAUGAGAUCCGUUCAUAGAAACAAGGGGGCAGUGCAGAAGGUUCUACUUUCUCAGGGAACAUCAAAAGCCCUUUCAGAGCUCAACUGUGAGCCAUUCCUCAACUCAGCUGCAGCUCGUUCUUUUCACUCCAGACGAGCAUGGCCUCAGGGGACAGUUAAAGAAAGGUUCAUUCUGAAACUAAAGCUUAAGAGGUUUUUGGGUAGCAAGUUUAAGGUGGCACCUUCAGGUUCUAAGAUGUCUCAGUCGAGUUUCAGGUGUUGGUUUUGUGGUCGUGUCUUUAGGACCCAGGAGGUGUGGAUAGGUCAUGGUCAGAGGCAUCUUAUGGAGGCCACACGGGACUGGAACAAAGUGCUGAACUAUAACAUUGUAAUGUAAGAGCCCAGUUUUGUCGUGCAUUUUGUAUUCUUUCAUUGUGAAAGUCAAAUUUAUGCAUUAGAGUUACUUUAUAGUAAAAAUGUCCUAUUUUAUGGACAUUGAUCUUUCUAAAGCAGAGGUUCCCACUCACUAGGCAUUGUGCUGUUUGAUACAGAGCCACAACAAUGCGGGAAGUGAGUGCAUUAAGCUACAUUGCAUUAAACAUUCUGCAUUAAACAUACUGUUGCAAAAUAAACUUGAUCAAGCUCAGAUUAAGAUAUUGGCAUCAGAAGCUGUUGUGCUGAAGUUAGCAGUUCAUUUGUAACUUACUAAUUUUGGGUUUUUGUAUUAUUAAUAAUAAUUUAUAAUUAUUGU